AUGAACUACUUUGCAGUUCCUUUUCUACUCCUUCUAGGUUUUCUACAUGGAAUGCCAAUAAUCCAGGACUCCUUGCUGGAGAAAGGGAAUAGAGAGAUUCGGAGUGUACCAGAUUCUCCAGAUGUAUUUACCAGAAUUAUUGAUUCCAACAAAGAUAUUCUGAACCUGUUGAUUGAGGGAGACAUUUGGACAAAAAACACCAGAAAUGCUAUUAUUUGCAAGAAUGCCAGCUGCUUCUGGCCGAUGUCAUCCAAUGGUGUUGUCUAUAUUCCAUUUACAUUAGACAGGUCAUACAGCCCACUGGACAAAAUCACCAUCACUGGUGCAAUGACUGACUUUUAUUCUAAAGCCUGCAUUCAAUUUAUUCCAUGGACUAAUCAAAAAGAUUACGUCAGUAUUGAACCACAAAAUGGGUGUUGGUCUUCUGUGGGAAAGGUCGGAGGGAAGCAAGUGGUCUCACUGCAACGUGACACCUGUCUUUUUAACGGAGUUAUUCAACAUGAACUUAAUCAUGUACUGGGCUUCUUACAUGAGCAGAGUCGCAGUGAUCGAGAUCAGCAUGUCCGUAUUGACUGGCAGUACAUCAGUCCUGAAUAUGUCAACAACUUUCAAAAGAUUAACACGAACAACCUGGGCACCCCUUAUGACUACACAUCAGUCAUGCACUAUCCUAGGGAUGCUUUCUCAAACACAACAAAUGAAUACACUAUCACUCCUAUCCCAAAUCCCAAUGUGACAAUUGGACAGAGGAUUGGCCUGAGUUCUAUAGAUAUCCAACGUAUAAACCUUCUGUACCAGUGCAACAAUCUUGAUGCUGAGAUCAAUGCACCUUAA